UCCCGUAGGGGCGCUGCUUAGUUUUCAUAGAAACUGAUCGAUACGAUUAUGGAGUUGUCAAAGUUCCUCUGAAACUUGUGAUCGAAGAGCUCUGCGACGUGUCUGUUAAAGUGGGCUUCCGGGUGAAUACAUCUAAAACAAAAAUAAUGUGCAAGUACACUGAUACUAGCCACAUUAUUGCGAAGUGUAUAAGUAAAUACGUUUAACGCGGACAAAUAGUGAGCUUGGAGAAGUACCUAUGAGCAAGAGAGAGAAAUCGAACGUUGCAUUGGACUAGGUUGUGGUGCGUUUUGUUAAGUGUUCAAUUUGCUCUAAGGAGGCGUACUAUGAAUCUGAAGCGCAGAGCUUUUUAUCAGUGCAUCCUCUUUUUGCUAGUUUAUAGAGCCGAGACGUAAAGAUUCAUCCAACAAAUGAUCCACAGGCUACAGGUUGCUCAGAGAGCCAUGGGGCGGGAUAUGUUGGCUUUGGGCUGACAAGAUAAGAAAUACUGAAAUCCGGAGAAGAACUAAACUGCUAUAACAGACAGACCCCGCAAAUAAAAGGAAAUGGAGAUGGGCUGGUCACAAAGGUCGUAGAAACGAUGGCCGAUGGGGAAAGAUUUUACUGGAGUGGCGACUCAGAACUGGUCACAGACAGACCAAUCUCUUGAAGAUAGCGGAAAAGCAAUGGAUGAGAACAGCACUCUUCCCUCUUUGAGCCAUAAAGCUUCGAUCAUGCUCUGAGGGAUGAUAAAUUCAAACGCAAAACUUCUCAGCCAAAGUUCUUCACAUUUACCCAGUAGUAAUCUUUCCAAUUCGGUAUUCAUUGUGUAGGUAUCUACUUACUGCACUGCUACUCGCAACGGCUAUGUAUGAUAUGAUUCAGACAUUUUAUGAUCAGGUCAUAGGUAUGUAUGUAAUACUUAUUAUAUUCUUAACACUUAAAUCCAAAACCGACGUUGUUGUGCUGAUUUCAAAGUUCAAACAUUACACAGUAUGUAUAAUAAGGGCUUAACUUUGAUGUAUUAAACCGUUGGAAAGCGGAGCGCGUGCGCACUUGCUUGCCCCUUUUCUCAGUCGGCGCACGAUAACGCGCCAAUUUUCACGCGAAAAAAAUCAAUCUUUUUACCACAAGUUUGAGGUGUUGGUGUGGUCACAAAAUGGCUUACGUGUUCAAAUUAGAGCGUAGUGCGGAGUUGUCCCCAGAAUCGAAGUUGGUAGCCGAAAAAGAACUAAGGGAGACCCCGGAGAGGGUAAAGGAGGGAUUGAAGCGCACCCGAGAACUGCUCAAACAGAACCCUGAUCUUUAUUUCGGUGACGACGAUGAGAUCUUCACUAUAUUCCUACGGCCGUGCAAGUGGUACCCGGAGAGCGCCUUAGCAUUAAUGCGUCGCGUAGCUGAGUUCAAACGUGACAACGCACACCUGCUAUCGGGCUUGCGACCAGAACACAUGAAGGAUACCGUCUUGAAGUGCAAUACUGCUACAAUACUUCCGAAACGAGACCACAAGAACAGGAGGGUCACAAUCGCUAAUGGCGGAUCUAUAUGGGACCCUAGCAAGGCGAAUGUGGACGAGCUGUUCAAGUGGUUUUACUUAUUACACAUCGUGCUGCUGUUGGAGCCGGAGACUCAGGUCAACGGCAUGGUAUCGAUACUGGACUACCACAACAUGGGUUGGUCGCAGGUGACAGCGGUGACUCCGUCUUCGUCGAGGAGGCAGCUGUCGUUCCUUCAAGACGCGUCCGCCGUGCGGCUGAAGGAAGUGCACGUGCUCCGACAACCUAUGAUCUUCAACGUGCUGUGGAACGUGCUUAAGCCGUUUGUCAAGGAAAAGCUUAAGAAGAGGCUAAUGUUCCACGGGUCCAAGUUCUCGUCGCUGCACAAGCACAUCCCUUCUGCGCACCUCCCCGCGGAGUACGGCGGAGAACUACCUCCUACCGACUACUCGGGCGUGCCGCUGUAUGAAGUACUCCAGGAGAACCGUGCUUUUAUAGAGAAAUGGGAUUCAUACGGAUUCGUCAGCACUAAGUAGCCCAUUAAAAGGUCCAUGAG